AUGCGACCCGCCUUUGCAAUAUUUGCAUUGCUUGGAUUCCUAUCAGCGACAGAUGCUACUGUAUUCCUGAAAGAGCAAUUUCUGGAUGGAGAUGGCUGGAAGAGCCGUUGGGUGGAAUCGAAACACAAAUCUGACUAUGGCAAGUGGAGGCUAACCGCAGGGAAGUUUUAUGGAGACGCCGAGAAAGACAAAGGCCUUCAAACGAGUCAGGAUGCUCGCUUUUACGCCCUCUCCAGCCGCUUUGAAGCUUUCAGCAAUGAAGGGAAGACUCUCAUCCUUCAGUUCACAGUUAAACACGAACAGCAAAUAGACUGUGGGGGCGGAUAUGUGAAGCUCUUCCCAGCCGACCUGAACCAAGAAGACAUGCACGGAGACUCCAGAUACUACGUCAUGUUUGGGCCAGAUAUUUGUGGCUAUGACACCAAAAAAGUCCAUGUUAUCAUCAACUACAAGGGGCAGAAUCACCUCAUCAAGAAGGAAGUGAAAGCCAGGGAUGAUGAACACACGCACCUCUAUACUCUGAUCAUAAGAUCUGACCAGACGUAUGAGGUCAAAGUUAACAAUGAGAAGCUGGCCUGGGGUAAGCUCGAGGACGACUGGGACUUACUUCCACCAAAAACCGUCAAAGACCCACACGCUGAGAAACCUGCAGAUUGGGACGAUCGGGUCCUCAUUGAUGACCCCGAGGAUUUGAAACCAGAGGGUUGGGACGAGCCUGAGAAUAUUCCAGAUCCUGAUGCUAAAAAGCCGGAUGACUGGGAUGAGGAAAUGGAUGGGGAAUGGGAACCUCCCAUGAUCCCUAACCCUGAGUAUAAGGGAGAGUGGAAGCCGAAGCAGAUUGACAAUCCCAACUACAAAGGUAGCUGGGUGCAUCCCGAGAUCGCCAACCCAGACUACACGGCUGAUGGCACCAUUUACAAGUUUGACAACAUUGGCGUGCUUGGCCUUGAUUUGUGGCAGGUUAAAUCGGGGACCAUUUUUGAUAACUUCCUCAUUACGGAUGACGAAAAAGCAGCAGAGAAUUUUGCUAAAGAAACCUGGGGAGCCACAAAGGGACCGGAGAAGAAGAUGAGAGAGGAGCAGCUGGAGGAGGAGAGGAAACAGAGGGAUGAGAAGAGCAGCAAGGACGACAUGAAGAACACUGCUGGUGGUGAUGGAGAUGAAGGUCUGGAUGAAGAGGGUGAAUAUGAGGAGGAGGAGGAAGAUGAGGAGGAAGAGGAGAAUGACUUUGAAGAGGAGAUUCCAGAAGGUCAGCUGGAGGAGGAGGAAGAGGAGGAAGAGGACGCUCCUGCUAAAGACGAACUCUAAAGAUGUCCACCCUGUCCGCCCAAAGACACAGGGGGACAAACUACAAAACCCUUUUCUGUUUUUCAGCCGUUGGGAACGAGAGGGUAGAGCAGGCAAUAUUUGCCUUACUAAUCGUUUCGUACUGCUUUUAAGGACCUUUUAUUAUUUAUUGUGGACCACACUUUACUUGAAGCACAGUCAGUCCUGUAGUUGUGAUAUUGUUUGGUGCUGUUUCUUGUUUUAUUUCCACUUAUUGGUUAUUUAUUACAAAUCUAUUUAGUAUUAACUUCUUCAAUGUCUGUGUUUUAAAGACUUCUGUAUAUUAAGUUAUCUCCUUGUCUCUGCCUUCUGUCUCCCAGAGAAUACGCGUCUCUCGAUUUCCAUCCAGUAUUUGUUAUGCAGACUGAUUUAAGUUUUUUAAAUAUAUUUUUAUUUUACGUUUUUUUUAAUUUUUUUAAAUCUCCGCCAAGGAGGUUAUGUUUUAGUACAUAUUUGCAUGCCUGUUCACACUUCUGUUGUGCUUUAGUUCAUAUGAGCAUUGUGGACCCUUAAAUUUGUGUCCUACAAGCUUGCCCACUCUCACCAGUUUCCUUGAAUUCCAAAACAUUGCACAAUGAUUUAUUCUGAGAGAAUAAAGAGACACAUCUUCUAUUUCGA